AGAUUUUUUUUCCUUCAUUUUGUUGAAUUUCAUGGGCAUAUAUGCAACCAGACUAGACAAGCUCAAGACUAUAAUCUUUUGUUUUUCUUUAUUAAUUCUUUUUGACUUGUUUUCUUUUAUUGAUACUUUUUUUGUCACAUUCUUUUAUUGAUUCUUCCCGAGAAAAUGACAAAAGUGAUUCCUUAUGUUUGAAGGUAGGUGCAAAAUAGUUCCUAAGUAUGCAUUGAACAAAGAUUUUUUAAAAUUUUAUCAAAAGUUAAUACUUUUUAGUCUGCAAAAUAUUUAAGUUCGUUAAAUUUGAUAGGAACAGUAGAAAAAUGAAUAUCAAGAAAGUCAUAUUAAAUUCUAAAAUAUUCAACAUAAAAACACUAGAUACAAAAAAGAUAUAAAAAAACAAUUUACAGAAAUUACGCCUUAAAAAGUUGCAACAACCUCGGGAAAUAAAUAUAAAGUAGCAGAAACUAUAAAAAUUGUACCUGUAAAUGUGAGUUCCCAUUAACUUUUUUUUCCCCAUAAUUCUCGUCAAAUCGAACAAACUGAGUUUGGAAAAUAUUUGACGACGACUAAAAGUGUUAACUUUCAGCAAACAUAAAAUAUCAAAAUUAUUCAAUUUAACUUAAGGAACUAUUUUGAACCUCCUCUCAAUAUAAGGAACUCUUUUGGUCAUUUUCUCCAUUAAAUAACAAAGUUUCUUUCUUCCCCAAAAAUCUUCUCUCUCCCCAUAACACAGAAAGGCUCCCCUGUUACUUCCACCACUGAUAGCCAACAGUUCACUUUUAGUCCUUCACCGUAACUAUAAGCAGAUCUUCCAACUAGUUUUUAGAAGCAAGAGAGAAUAUGAAUAUGACCAAGGUUGGGCCAGCGGGAGGAUAUGGUGGAACCAUUUGGGAUGACAAGGGACGAGACCAAGUAGCUGGUAUAGUUGUUACCUACAACAAACUCAGAGUUUUUGCACUUCAGUUCCUGUUUUGUGAAAAUGGCAACUUAGUCCGGUCAGACAAGCAUGGUAGUCAACGCCGUGGAAACAUUUUUUCAGUUGUCUUUGAUUAUUCAUCAGAAUUUCUUACUUCCAUAAGCGGUUAUUUCAAAACAUUGACAGAGUAUACAGAUAAUGCCGAUUAUACAUAUCUGGGAAGUAUAAGAUUUGGAACCAACAAAGGUUCCUACGGACCAUUUGGGUGUGCCCGACCUUCGACUGAUGAUGAAAUCGACUUCGACUUUCAGUUAGGAAAUCAUCGUCUUUUUGGUGGUUUUCAUGGCACUGAGAAUCAUUGUGGCAUUGAGAGUAUCGGGGUCCAUGUGAAGCCCAUCCCGUCCAGCUCCAUGAUCAACUUUAAAAAUCUUCGAGUGAAGGAUGAGAAAGAAGAUGAUUAACUCACCUUCUACAAAUUUCCAAACAUGUGAAUUGUCUUAUCUAACUCUAUGCUUAUUUAUGGUUUUACUUUUGCACAAUAGAUCUACUGCAUGGUGCUGUGUUAUUGUAUAAGGUUUAUCUCGAGUUUUAUGUUGUAAAAACAAGUUACUGUAAGAUGGUUUAACCCCGUCCGCUAUGAUAUUGAAGUAAAUCUGUCCCAUUUUUCAUUGUCA